AUGGAGGACACGCUACUGUGUAUACAGUGGAUCCUCUAUGCACAACGGCCGUUGACUAGAGAGGAGCUUUACUUUGCUAUAAUUGGUGCCACCGAGACUGAUCCAUCACUGCUUGAGUGGGAUCAAAAUGAAAUCACCCCAGAAGACAUGAAGCGAUUCAUUCUCGAUUCCUCAAAAGGCCUUGCCGAGCUCACAAAGUCAAAGCGCCCUACUGUGCAGUUCAUCCACGAGUCAGUUCGAGACUUUCUCAAGGAUGAAGGAUUCCGCAACCUUCAUGCAAACGUGGGCAGUGUCGCCCCAGGACCGGGCAACGAGGCUCUCAAGAAAUCUUGUCUCAACUACGUGACCUUAGACCUGUCUACCUGUGUGAUAAUACCAGACCCAUUGCCAGUUGCAAAAUCUGAAGAUGCAAAACAUCUGCGGGAAAUCGUUGCCGAGAAAUUCCCUUUCUUCAGGUACGCGGUGCAGAAUGUGUUCUACCAUGCUGAUACUGCACUCGGACAUGGAAUCUCACAAAGACAUUUUCUGGAGACGCUUCCCCUUGGCCAUUGGCUUUUGAAGAAUAACAUUUGCGAGCAACACGAAAUACGCCGCUACACAGAAGAUGCAAACCUACUUUACGUCCUUGCUGAAAAGGAUUGUGCGAACCUCAUAUCAUGCGCGCUUGACUUAGUUCACGGUCUGAGUAUCCUCGGUCAGCGGUAUGAUCAUCCAUUGCGGGCUGCCGUCGUACAUGGCAAUGAAAAGGCAGUGCGUGUGCUAUUGACACAUCCAUUUUUGGGCAGAUACGCAGCCCUAGAGUGGUUGACAGGCCUAUUGAAGGAUGCAGUGCGCUCCAGAAAUCGCGAGAUCGUGAAGAUGCUAUUAGACAAUACCUAUACAGAGAUAACAGACGACCUUCUUCACAUGCUAAUAUUCACAGUGGAAAAGGCACCUUUGGAGAUUGUCAAAUUGCUGAUAGAGAGAAGCAUUAACCCAAAUACUCCAGACUGUGACGGCCAAACGCUACUCUCAUAUGCAGUGCAAAGAUCUUCUCCAGAAGUGGUGAAUUUAUUCCUGAAUAGGGGCGACAACCCCGACAGUGAAGAUGCGCUUAGAUGCACACCGUUGAUCUACGCAGUGGGCAGGGCACUUGGGGUGUUUGAGCAGCUGUUAAUAUGCGCCACUCUGGAUGCUAAAGAGCGUACUGACCGGUCGACGCAUUUAUUUGCGGCAUUGAGAUCAGCCUUAGAAGUUAUACGGCUACUUCUGGAUAGAGGCUGCAAUCCAAACGCAAAAGACAUCCAUGGCUGCACACCCCUGCUUUAUGGAAAGGGGAAACCGUAUUCACUGGUUGCUGUGAUGAGGCAAAUGAGAAAGGUUCAUCCGAAUGCCGAGCUCCACGACGGCAGAGCGCCACCUCCAUUCACGACAGAAGAAUACUUGCUAGAGAUGAUACGACUACUGCUUGAAAAAGGCGGUGACCCGAAUGCCAUGGACCGGGGCGGCCGUACACCACUAUUUCAUGCGGCCGGAUGUUUUUCUAAAAGUGUUGUGGGGUUGCUGCUAGAUAAAGGCGCGAAAGUGAACCUGACAGAUCCUAAAGGUCACUCGCCAAUAUGUCAUGCAAUAGCACGAUGGGAUCAGCCUAUGAUGACAUUCCUGUUAGACAGAGGUGCUGUUGCAGAUUGUCCUGUUCAUCUCCUAUCGACACCAGAAGUCAAUUUGACGUGA